ACCGGCAGUUCUGAGGCAGCGAGCUAGGCCGCGAGCGGCGGCUCCCAUGGAUGACGACGGCGGCGCCUCCCCGUCCCACCACGGCGGCGGCGGCGGCGGCGGCGGAAGCAUCCGCCUGGAAUGCCGAUGCGGCUUCAAGGACGACUACAGCCUCGACGACACCGAGGACGGCCGCUUCUACUGCGGGCGGUGCUACGGCGACCUCGACACCCAGGCGACCGCCGUCGACCACGCCGAUUUCCAAACCCCGGGCAACAUGUCCUUCCACCGGGUUUCCCAGCCCACCAAAACCCCGGCGCCCUAUCCAACCCCUUACCCCAGGCCCGGGCAACCCCUCCCUUCGAAGAAUCCGACGAGCCGCGCGACUUUGUGCCUGGCGCCGACCCUUGCGGCGAGCCAGAGGAGCUGGGGACUCGGGUCCGGCGGCGCUACGUGGAGGGGCUGCAGGUGAUCCUGCACCAGCAGCUGCAAGUGCUGGUGGAGAGGUACCGGGUGGGCGCGCUCGUCUGCGGCGUGGCCGGAACCGUCUGGCUGCGCUGGGUGGCCGCCUCCAAGGUGUUCGACGAAAUGUGGGCGCGGAAGGUGCUUGCCGAGGACGAGGCCACAUGGAGACGGAAGCGUUCUGCCAGCGGAGUGUCUUUGUGUCCAGGCCAGCAGGAACCUCAAGAGGUGAAGUGUGAAUGGGCCGAUGAAACCUCGCCCCGAAAAGACAGGCGAAGGGUCGAGUUCAUCUAUCUGCGCUCGUUGAGGACGAUGCUGCCACUGUACUCGACAUUGUCUGUUUGUUUCCUGUCCUGUCAUAUUGCCCGGGAAGCCGUCCUACCGACCGACAUUUAUAGGUGGGCGAUGGAGGGUAAGCUUCCUUAUGUGGCAGCAUUUACGGAAGUGGACAAGCUUCUUGGGAGCCCUCUAAAACACUGCCCUCUGAAUGCGAGGCAACUGUUCAGGCCAGUCCGAGUGAUUGGAGCGUGGCAGCUGGAAGCGGCAGCUGGGUUCAUAGCACAAAGAAUAGGCUUGCAGCUUCCUUCAGUUAAUUUCUAUGCUAUUGCUCAGCGCUACUUGGAUGAGUUGUCUGUGCCGGUAGAAAGAACCCUCCCUCACGCUUGCCGCAUCUAUGAGUGGGCAAUGCCUGCAGAACUAUGGUUGUCUAGUAAUCCAGCUAGGGUCCCUACAAGGGUCUGUGUAAUGGCUAUAAUAAUAGUGGCUCUAAGACUUCAGUAUAACAUCAAUGGUCAAGGGGUAUGGGAGGAGAUUUGCGAGGCAGCAAGAAAUCAAGGUGGGUCUGACCGUGAUGCAAAUUUGUCACCAUCUGUGAAGCCUGAUGGCGGCACCAGUGAGGAGUUUGGCAAAAAAGAAUUGCUAUGGACUCUUGUAGAUGGCUAUGAUAAAAUUGACGUUGCACAUGACUAUUCGAAGGACCUUCACUCAUAUCUCAGAUAUUGCAAAGAUGUUGUUUUUCCUGGGAUUGCAUGUUCAGUUGAAGAAGAGCACUUAAUAGAGAUCUUCCAGGAUCUGUUCAAAGGACGAGAGGAUGAAAAUUCAAAAGAGCACACCACAAAUGGAGUGAAUAAACGAGGUCGGGAUGGGACUUCUGUUGGUGCAAGGUGCUUUUCUGCACCAUCAUCAUCAGGGAUACAAAGUAUCAAGUCAGAAAUGGAAGACCACGGAUUUUGUUAUAUGCUGCCAAGGAAGAGGCCAAGAUCAGAUGGUUACCUUCACUAUAGAAGGAAGACAAUGACUGGUCGUCUUGUUUGUGCUGGACAUGCUGAUUAUUACCUGUUGCUGCGCUCAUUUGCCAAGCUUGCGGAAGUUGAUAUUAGGGUUAUGCAUGCUAGUGUGUUAAAACUUGAGAGGAGACUUGGCUGGAUAGAGGAAAGAAUAGGCAGAAGCUUGGAUGCCUUGCAGAAUCUACCUAGUUAAGCAAAUGAUGCGAAAAGACAUGUUUCAGGCUGAAGAUUUUGAUGGAUUGCCAGUUUGCCAAGUCAGUAAUUGGUGAUGGGUUAUCGUUCUAUUAUCGAGAAAAGAGAUUAUGUUUGUAGUUUGGAUCUCAUGAUCCUGGACCAGACGAUGAGGAUCCAAAUAACGGGCUCUGUUGCAAGAUCUUGCUGACAAAGUGACGAGGAACAAUAAAACUGUAUCUCGACUUGUACUAACGAUUCCCAUGGAGAUGUCCGUAGAGUUAACUUUGGUGGCAAGCUUUGCUAAGAAGUUAUAGUCAUCUUCUGCGAGAUUUAUCAGCUCAAUUGUAAAAAAUGACCAAGGCCACUACGAAGUUUAUUUUAGUUGACAAGUUUUCACUCUUUCUUAUUUA